AUGACGGCGUCCCCGGUCUUCCACAAGAUGUUGACACAUGACAUGAAGGAGAAGGAGCGCAGCGAGAUCGAGUUGCCAGGCAAAGACCCUAAGCAAUUCGAGACUCUCUUGAAGUUUCUGAUGCCAUCGGCCGGCCGAAAGCAGAAGCUCUCCGAUGAGAAUGUGGGAUUCUUGCGGAAGCUCUGUGAAGAGUACAUGAUCGAGACACUGAGGGAGGAGUGUGUGGACUUCAUUCGUACAGCGGAGCCCUCCACAAAGGUCUUGGUGGCUGCUCAUGCAUUGAAUCUGGACGACAAUGUGCGCCGGGGUAUCGAUGAGCUGCUCGGCCGUGGCAUUCGAGAUUGGGGCGAGUGCUAUGGGGACAGCGCUUUGAUGCAGAAAAUCAUCGAGCGAACGAUGACCUUCCUGCAGGGCAAGGAGUCCCAGCUACGCCUGAAGGAGUCAGAAGUGCAAGCGGGGAUGGACCAACUUCGCCUCAUGAAGAAGAAGCUCGAUGGCAGCCAGUCACGGCUACAGCAGGCUGAGAAUCAGCUCAGGGAGAGGGAUGCUCACUUGAUGAGAACCUAUCGCUGA